UGAGGCCGCCAGGGCUUUGCUCGCAAGUAACCCCAGCCUGGGAAACCUUUACUCGCCGUAAAGCGGGGACCGCCCCCCCUCCAGCGCGCCUCCUCUGUACCUCAACAUGGCGGCCCACAGCAAGUCUAUCCCGCACAACUGCUACGAGAUGGGGCACACCUGGGAGCCGUCAUGCUUUAACUCCUACCUGCAGAUCACCAGGGGGGCCAUGGAGGAGUCCUUGAAAAUCUAUACCCCCCUCUACCUGAUCGCGGCAAUCCUUCGGAGGAGGAAACUCGAUUACUACAUCCACAGACUGCUACCUGAGCUCCUGCGGUCCACGUCUUUCCUGACGGCGAACGGCAGCCUGUACAUCGCCUUCUUCUGCAUCCUGAGGAAGAUACUUGGAAAGUUUUACUUCUGGUCCCCGGGGUUUGGUGCAGCUUUGCCGGCCUCCUAUGUCGCCAUUUUGAUCGAAAGAAAAAGCAGGAGGGGUCUGCUGACUAUUUAUAUGGCCAACCAGGCCACAGAGACGUUGUUUCGAAUGGGUGUCACCAGAGGUUACAUUAAACCAAUAAGGCACGGAGAGGUCCUCUUGUUUUGCAUCACCGCAGCCCUCUACAUGUUUUUCUACAGGUGCAAAGAUGGCCUCCAAGGAUUUGCCUUUUCAGCAAUUAAACUCAUCGUGGGCAAGGAAGAGAUCCCGGCGCAUUCUCUCGCGCCCGAGACCGUCUACACCAAUGCCGUCAAGAAACACAAGGAUGGCUCGAGCCGAAGGAAUAUCAUCUCACUGACAAAGAAGCUCAUGGAUGCCCUAUGCAAGCACGGACCCCGGCACAGAUGCUGCAAGCAUUACGAAGACAACUGCAUUUCCUACUGCAUCAAGGGUUUCAUCAGAAUGUUCAGCGUCGGGUACCUGAUCCAGUGCUGCCUUCGCGUUCCGUCUACCUUCAGACACCUGUUUACAAAACCCUCCCGUCUGCUGUCUCUGUUCUACAACAAAGAAAACUUUCAGCUGGGCGCUUUCCUGGGAUCGUUUGUCAGUAUUUAUAAGGGCACUAGCUGCUUCUUGCGCUGGAUACGCAAUCUGGAUGAUGAGCUCCAUGCACUAAUAGCUGGGUUCCUGGCAGGAAUGUCCAUGAUGUUUUAUAAAAGCACUGCAGUCUCUAUGUACCUGGCUUCCAAGAUGGUGGAGACCAUGUACUUCAAGGGCAUCGAAGCAGGAAAACUACCGUAUUUUUCACACGCAGAUAGCAUCAUUUAUGCCUUGUCUACAGCCAUCUGUUUCCAUGCAGCUGUUUUGGAAGUCCAGAAUUUGCGGCCGUCAUACUGGAAAUUUCUCCUGAGGCUCACCCAGGGCAGGUUUGCGUUCAUGAACAGGAAGGUCUUGGAUGUUUUCGGUUCUGAAGCUUCUAAGAAUUUCAAGAACUUCACUCCCAAACUUGAUCCGAGAUUCACCACUGUAAAUCCAGAGCUGCCUCUCGAGUUCUCCUGAAAUUCUGCGCUUUUCUGUUCUUACAAUGUGAAAUCAGAAGUGUCCUGAUACGAUAAUUCACCGGAAGCGCCUCUGCUUCUGUUCAGUAUUAAUUUUUAUUUUUGACCAAUACGAAUUUGAAUUUAUUCUCGUUUAGAAUCAAGAAUUUGGUAGAAUAAUGGAUAACCCCCCCCCAUAGAAUCAUCCAACCGUGAUCAUGCCGUAGAAGGGCGCAGGUGAACGUUUCAGUCUUAACUUUCCAGAUUUAUGAAAUUUUAUCUUAAUUAUUUUGAAGAAAUAACGACAUAGAAUUCUGAAAUAUAACAAGUUAAAAAAA